AUUAUACGUACAUCCGGGAGAACAUAACCUCGAAAAGUGGGUAGAUAACCCGCUAUCUAUGGAUGAAGUGUCAAUUCCGGUGUGCAAAGGGGCGUGUUUUACGAGCGCGAGGAGGUCGUGGAAAUUCGUGUAGACUGACCAGAGUCCGCGAAUUUCCGUGAGCUCUGUCGGGGCACUCUCGGGGAAUCGUUCGAACGCCAGUGUCUCGUUUAAUAAAGUUUAAUAGACGACCGCGCCCGUCGCGCGAGUGUCGAGCUCUCGAGUGUCCCGAGUCCCGGAUUCAUCGCCUCGCGUGCGCGCGCGCGCGCGCGUCCUUCGACAUCUCCCGUUUGCUUUAAUUUCAACGUUGACGAGCCUUCUUAUCGAGCUUUCUUUUCGCUCGCACGCGUCUAAGCGAUCGUUCCGAGAAAGCGCGAGAUGACGGAGAUCUAUAACUUGGGUGUCGAUGCCAUCAGUUGUCACGCAUGGAACAGAGAUAGAACUGAGGUUGCAGUAUGCCCGAACAACAAUGAGAUCCAAGUGCACAAACGUACUUCUUCCGGAUGGAAGUUGCUGGAGACCCUGGAGGAACAUCAUAUGGCUGUCAUGGGAAUCGACUGGGCACCAAAGACUAAUCGCAUAGUCACCUGUUCCGCGGACAAGAACGCCUACGUAUGGACUCAGAAAGAAGACGGCAAGUGGGAUCCCGCUUGGGUUCUCUUGCGAAUAAAUCGAGCCGCUACAUGUGUAAAAUGGUCUCCUCUAGAAAAUAAAUUUGCCGUGGGUUCUGGAGGACGAGUUAUAGCUGUUUGUUACUUUGUAUCAGAGAAUAAUUGGUGGUUAUGUAAACAUAUUAAACGUCCAUUGAGGUCUACGGUAACUACCGUCGACUGGCAUCCAGAUAAUAAGGUUCUGGUUGCUGGAUCGACAGAUUACAAGGUCCGUGUCUUCAGUGCAUUUAUCAGUGAUAUGGAGGACGCUCCUGGUACUAGUUCUUGGGGACAAAGUAAUACCUUAGGAACAUUGUUGGUUGAGUUUCCCAACACACCCAGUGGAGGUGGCUGGAUACAUUCAGUAGCAUUCAGCCCAUGUGGCAAUAAAAUUUGUUGGGUGGCGCACAACUCGUCAAUAUGUGUCGCCGAUGCUACUAAAGGAAACGCAGUCAUGAGACUAUAUACAGAGCAUUUACCGUUUUUAAGUUGCAUUUGGAUAGGUUCUAAUAACAUUGUUGCCGCUGGGCAUAGCUGUAUGCCAAUGUUGUAUUCCGUAGAUGACAACGGACAAAUAUAUUUUGUUUCAAAGUUAGACAACACGCAAAAAAAAGAGAUUGCCGGAUUAUCCGCUAUGCGAAAGUUCCAGUCGCUAGAUCGACAAGCGAGGAACGAGACGAAUGAUAAUGCUUUGGAUAGCGUGCAUCAAAACACAAUCAAUUGCGUUCGCAGAGUAUCCGAUCGUGAAUUUAGCACAAGCAGUUUAGAUGGACAACUAGUAGUUUGGGACUUGAAGCUUCUAGAGAAUUCCAUUGCUGGUCUCAAGAUAGCGUAAGCAUGAAACUUUUUUUAUAUUGCGAAGAUCAGAGAUAUUACAUCCAAUACAACGAUGUAUAAAUGUUAAAAUGAAUACUAUACAAUUUCUCAUUAA